UUUUAAAAACAAAGUAUUAAGGGAUAUCAAGUUUACUUUGUGAUUUCAAGCUGCAUCAUUUUGAAAGUAUAAUUGCAAUUUGAAACCGCCGUCCGUCGACUUGAUAUCACUAAAUACUCUGUUUUUAUAUAGGUUACCUCGCGGGUAAAGGUGAACUAGCGUUAUAACCAUGCGUGUUGCUGUUGUUGAGUCAUAUGUUGCAGUAGCGUGACUUACCAAAAUUAGUCAAUCAGAGAGAGGCUAUUUUUCACAUGAGAACGCUGACAGAAAAGACCUCUAAUUGACCUUUCUGUGAUAAGGUAGAAUUUUGUACAAAGGAAAGCAUUACGCGUAUGUUCCACCACUUCAUCCCUAACAUACUCUUGAGUUCAAAGGAAACAGAUGGCAGAUAAUGACAGGUAAAUGACAGUUAACGUUAACCACUUAUACAACAACAACAACAACAAAAAUACGAUCAACUGGAAACAACUACAAUUACGUGGAACAUGUCCCCAUUGUAUUUUUAUAUUGUAUCUAGUUACAAUAACAUCAACAUUUUUGCCUGUAACUUAUACAUCGUCGUCGAUUGCUGAUAACAAUCUUUGUAAUCAAUCCGACACAUUAAUGCCAUCAUAACAAAUAUGUUCUUUUAAUCUUCCCAAACGAUAAAAUUGAUUUAACCUUUUCCUGUUUAAAGUUUAAAUGUCUCCGCGAUAUUUUCUGUGCGUCACUGAUAAAGGUUGUCAUCAUUUUUUUUGCAAACGUCCCGAAAAAUAUCGUACAUCUCACAAACAAAGUACGAUACGAAAGACCAUAUACAUUUUAACGGCUAGUACAGUCGAUAUGUCGCUUAAACAAGAAGAAGAAAUGUCAUUUUAAGAAGAAAAUUGAGCAAUGGGAUAGAAUCAUGACAACAACAGCGCCGGUUGAUUUAGGGUGGCCAGCUAUCAAUGUAUGGUGAGCUACUUUAUCAAUUAUGAAUGCUGCAAUUAAUUCCGACCCAACAUCAAAACAAGUACGCGGGUCUGACGCAAUGAAAACACGCGACAAAACCAUCCAAGCACCCGCAUUUAAUCUUAAAGAGGAAAUACAAACGUACACCAACCAAAUCCGUGUGUCUCUGACUAAGACUGGGGGACCACGCGGCGACACAUGACGUAAAACAGACAUACGCUACGUUAGCUUUCACGGAAAUUAAGCGCAAUGUCUCCCCUCCAAAGCUAUGGUUACAUAACAUAGGAUGAAUAAUUAUAUAAUCCAGCGACAAAUUGAUUGAAAAAUGAGUCUUGACGUAAGAUCCGUGCUCUUUCUAAAAGGGUAGAGAAAUUGCCAAGUCGUUGAACAGACACUUUUGUUCGGGACAUAACGGCAAGGUCUUGUCUCCGACUGUUUCGUCCAGCAUGGCUUGUGGAAGCUCCGUGGGUGGCGGGAAAGUCUUCAGUCUGUCUGGUCAGAGGAGGAAACCGUACGUACCACGUGACGAGGAGUACUACACCAUCAUGUAUGACGAGGAACCACGGAUCACCACAGACGUGACCUGUACGAUAUGUAAAGGCUUCGAGCGGUCAGCUAAGAUCCAGUGCCGGGUGUGCGGGCGGAACUGCCACACCAACUGUUUCGAGCGGAGGUACCGCGGGGACGAGCAGGCCAUGGAGGCCUCCAAACGGGCGGACACGGAGGCCGGAUGGACAUGCGCCGACUGCGAAAAUCUAGGACAACUUUUAGACGAGUAUGAAACGAGUAUGCUGAUGGACAAGUUCGACGAAUACGACUCGGACCAAAGUACCCAGAUCACAGUUGAGGAGUACAUAGAGUUCCAGAAGGACCUGUGUCUGGAGUCGGAAGGAAUCGAGAUGAGUAAAGAAAGAGAGGAGGAGGAGCGGGAACUGUUCGGUAACAUCGACAUCAGCGGGGACGGCGCCAUUAACUGGUGGGAGUUCCUUACGGCAAAGAGCAUCCAUUUUCUCAACAAGAAGCCAAAGUCGUACGUCUUGAAGCAGUUGACACCACGAGAGAUCAAGCGCAUCCGGGACAUCUUCAAGGCCAACGACAUGAGCUAUCAUGGCGUCCUUGACCGUGAAGAGGCUGUCAAGGUCAUGAAGGAGUGGAUGAAUAGUGUCGGCCUGGAGUCCCCGGAUGGAGAUUACUCCAAGUACCUGCUGACGUCAUCAUGUGUGAUUCCCUGGGACACCUUUAUCCGGGAACACGCCGUCACCAUCAUCGCGGCUCGGAUAAACAACGUCGGCAAACAACACUUCCUACCGGUCAAGAGGAAGAGCUGAGGAGAACUGUUACACAAGGGGGAGGGGGCGAUGUGGACGACACGAGAGCUAUUGACCAAUAUAAUAUAUAGUAAACCAUGAAGCACUCCGCACAAAUGAUAAU